AUGUUUGCCUUUGUGUUUAGUAAUCUGGCAUUGAGAAGCCUACUUCUCGCGUACAACAUGCCCAGUGCCUCGUCAAAUAGUGCGGGAAACUACCGGCUGGCUUUGUACUUGCUUACGAUUGCUGGGGUCGUGUUCCGCUCUGAACUAGCUAUCCUCGUUGGGACAAUCACCCUCUAUGUAUUUCUCACCCGCCAAGUAUCCAUCACCAGCGUCAUCAUCCCCGCCGGCAUCGGGGGCCUCAUCGUCGGUCUUCUUUGCACGGUACCUCUGGACUCUUUCUUCUGGCAAUCUUCCCUACUGUGGCCCGAGUGGACGGGUUUCUACUACAACACCAUCCUAGGAAAUUCCGCUAAUUGGGGUGUCUCGCCAUGGUAUUACUACUUUGCAAAUGCACUCCCGCGUCUCAUGCUGAACCCUAUAACUUAUUUGGUCUGUAUACCCCUUGCCAUGCUAAACCCAGCAAGCCGCAGACGAAGCUGCGAUUUACUCGUCCCUCUCCUGAGCUUUGUGGCGAUAUACAGCUUCCUUCCACACAAAGAAUGGCGCUUCAUUCUCUACGUCAUUCCAGGCUUGACAGCAGUAGCCGCAGAUGGAGCAGCCUGGAUCUGGACACGAAAGUCAAAGUCUAUCGUGUAUGCUACGCUGAGUCUGGCUCUGGUAGGAUCAGUCUUACUCUCAUUCGUCGCAUCCACAUCCAUCCUGGGUAUUUCCAGCCUCAACUACCCCGGAGGAGAAGCACUCCACGCUCUACACAAAGAGAUCAAGCACCCCCAAAACCAACGCUUUGGCGUAUACUUUGACAACCUUGCGUGUCAGACAGGCGUUACUCGUUUUCUCGAGGACCACAGAGGCCCGCAGACGGUGCUUGAUGUUCUCGAAAAACAAAAAACGCUACAAAGCAGGGCAUGGACCUACGAUAAGACCGAGGACCCCAGUGCGCUCCUAGAUCCAAUGUUCUGGACCAAGUUUGAUUAUGUUCUCGCCGAGAAACCGGAGAAGGUCAUUGGAAGCUGGGCUAUCGUACAUGUUGUGUACGGGUUCGGUGGGAUCAAACUUUUGAAGCCAGGAGAGGAAAGCGGCUCACCCGUCGAGCCUCUGUAUGAAUCAGUCGAUAACAAAGCUGAUGUGCGAGAGGACUGGACUGCUAAGGUUGCAAAGACAUGGCAUGCAUUGGAAGAGCGACUGAGGAACAGCUUGUUGAGGGGCUAUUGGGCAGAGAUACGCAUGGAGCCAAAGCUCCGUAUCUUGCGGAAUCAGGCCAAGUAG